UUCGCGUCGGCCCUUCUUCGCCUACGUCGCUCGCGAGUUCCUUAAUCUACGGGUUAUCCUACGUUUACUUCGCUCGCUCGUUCAUUCGGUAACAGUGAAUUUUCGUCCGAAAUUUUAAUCCAUGGUUUAAUCUUAUCUACUGAUAGAAUAGUAUCUAAAGCUCGUGCUCGGUGAUUGAAACCAGGUAUAUCUCGUACGACAUAGCGGUUGUAUCCUAAUACUUUAGCUAUUCGAUAAGGUCCUUUAUAACUUGCGUUCAGCUUUGAACUUUGUCCGAUUUUCCUACGACUGUCUCUAAUUACGACUAAAUCUCCUAUCUUGUACCGCGACGGUUUUCUGUGUCGUUUAUCGCAGUAUCUCUUAUUGUACGCUUUUACGACUUCGUUGGCUUGUUGUGCCAGCAUUCGCGCUUCGUUUCGUUCGUCAUUGACGUCGGUCAUUUCUUUCACCCAUUCACAAGUAAAUUGUACGAGCGCCGCGUCCACGUGACUACGUUUGUCGUAACCUAGCAGUGACUUGGAUGGGAAACACUUAAUGGACGCAUGGAAACAGUUCGUGCGCUCAACCAUGCCAUUCGCCCAUGGCGAUGCUACUGCUACUUUGCGAUGCUUAAUACGCUGUUCGUUAAUAAAUUCUUUAAAUUCGGUCGACGUAAAAGCCGUUCCUCGAUCGCUGACUACUUCGUUUGGAUUCCCGAAUGUACAAAAAAUAGAACGUAGCCGUUCGAUCACUUCUUUCGAUCCGGUGGAUCGAGUGGGAAAAAGCCACGUAAACCUUGUGAACGCAUCUACUACUACUAAAAUAUGUUUAUUACCCUGCUUUGUCGACGCUAACGGCCCGAAGUGGUCAAUGUGCAAGACUUCCAUUGGAUUCCGCGAUACUGUUUCUACAUGCAGUUCCUCUUCUUUAUUUCGUGCGAUGGGAACCAAUAAUUCUGAGUAAUUCCCUGCACUGUCUUUUCGAUUCCGCAAUGUCCCAUUUGAUCAUGAUAGAUCCUAAUCACACUUACCGUCAUCGUCUGUGGUAUCACGAAUUUUAGUCUUUCAUCCUGUUUCCUAUACAACAAUCCGUCUACCAACGCGAACUUGGUAUCAUCCUCGAAUUCUAACCGUCUACAAAUCGCUUGAAGCUGGGGAUCGGCCAGCUGCCUAAACUCCAGCUCUCUUUCUAAUGGCAUUUCAUCUACAUACCCUGCAUUUCGACUCAAGGCAUCUACGUGAGCCAUCUUUUUACCCGACCGCAUAUACCAAGGCAUUACAAUCAGUGACUACGGUGAAACUUUUUCCGUAUACAUAAACGUGGAACCGUUCAACCGCUCUAACCACCGCUAACAUUUCAAGUUCGAAGCUAUGAUACUUGGCCUCAGCCUGAUUCGUCGUUUUGCUGUAAAAAGCAAUGGGUGCCCACACCCCGUCUUUUUGUCGCAGUAAUAAUAUCACGCCCAGCCCCUGGAUGCAAGCAUCGGUAUGGAUCUCCGUUUCCGCCGCUGGAUCAUACAACCGCAGAGUUGGAAACGAUCGGAGGAUCGACAAGCUGCAAGAGAAAAGUUCCGCACAGCACAACAUCCGUUUAUAAGUGCUAUCGGUGCAAUAGAUUGCACUUAUGUAUCGAUUCUGGCACCGCAACUUCACGAAGAAGCCUACGUCAAUCACUGGGGUGAUCACUGUCUCAAUGUUCAAGCGAUUUGUGACCCUGAUUUAAAAAUUCUAAACAUUAAUGCUCGAUAUCCUGGGGUACGACAUGAUGCAUAUAUUUGGGCAAAUUGUGCUACUCGUCGUGUCAUGGAACGAUGGUAUAUGCAAGGAGAACGCAAGACUUGGCUUAUCGGUGAUGAUGGGUAUGGACUGGAGCCGUGGUUAAUGACUCCAUUGAAACACGAGCAGCCAGGAACUCCACGUUUUAAUUAUAAUGAAGAAUUAUGCAGUACCCGCUCUUGUAUAGAACGCCUGACUGGAGUUUUGAAGAGCGAAUUUAGAUGCCUUUCAGCGCAAAAGCAACUAAUGUACGAACCAGGAUUAGCUGGAAGAAUUGUUAACGCUUGUGCGGUUUUGCACAAUAUGCGUAUCCACCAUCGAAUAUAUGAUAUAGACGUCGACCCAGCAGAGGUGGAAGCCCAUCGUGUAGCUAAUAUGCCUAAUCCUGCAGUAGAAAUAGAUCAUGGCGAGUUUCUGCAAGGUCGUGCACUUGCCACACGUAUCCAAGACAGUUUUAUCGCUCAACGGUAGACUAUAAGAAGAUUUUGUAAU